AUGAGGUCACAGGGUAUAAAACCCAAAUGCGCGUCUCUCGUUUCAAACAUCACAUCCCCGUCUUUCUCCACGACCAGACCUGACCCAUCACCAGACAACAUGAACAAGUUGUGCCUUGUUUUCCUCGGAGUUUUUCUGAUCGCCCUUCAUCUCACAUCUCAGGCCCAGGCCCAGGCUCGGAACACUACGAUGGCUCCUAUGGCCGCAAACACAACGAUGCUCCACCACAACACGACAGGGAACAGCACCCAGGACAAGAGCUCCGGAGGGCGGACUGAGGGCUCCGUGCUGCUGCUGGCUCUGGCUCUGGGUCUCCUUCACGGAUGGUUCUAA